AUGAGCAUAAUCACCCGUUCAACUCGGUGUCCCUCACUUCUAAUCCACUUCAUCCAUCCUCAUCCACCCUCCACUUCAUCCAUCCUCAUCCACCCUCCAUCGUUGUCCACCCUCAUCCACCCUUCAUCCUCAUUCACCCUUCAUCGUCAUCCAUCGUCAUCCACCCUUUAUCCUCCAUCCUCAUCUAUCCCCACCCUCUUCCCACCUCCAUUGCCAUCAUUACACCAGAUGGCCGAUGAUAAUCCUCCUGCCGACCUUUCUGGGGGCCCGCCCAAGCGUCCUGGCGAGCUCACCCAACGCCAGAUCAAGCGGCGCAAAGAUAGGCGCCGUGCUGAGAGGAAGGAGGCGGACACCCAGGCGGCCCUGGCAAGCCAGGAGCCUGGUGGUGGUGGUGGUGUUCCUGCCGGCCCGAGCCUUCGUAGUGGUCUUCGUGGCGGUGCUGCUGGCCGGGGUGCUCGUGGUGGUGACCGUGGUGACCGUGGCUGUGGGCGCGGUCACGGUGCUCUCCACGCUGCCACUACGGGUGCGUCGUUAGCGGCACCGGCCACCGAGUCCGCCGAAAACUCUGUCUCGGAGCAGGAUGAGCCUGCGUUGCAUGACUUGUCUGCCGUGCUGUACUAUACGUUUUCCUUCGCGCGGACAAUCUAA